AUGUCGUCAAAGUACCGCCGCGACUGGGCGUACCUGGGCAUCAUUUCGAUCCAGCUCCUCGGCAUGAUCUUCCUUGACCUCGUCGCCUUCUACCCCAAGUUCCUCUACGCCCGGUCCUCCGCGCCGCUGCACUUCCUCAUCGCCAUCCGGCGCCUGUACAUCCGCAAGACCGGCGACCCCUUCUUCAGCGUCACGCCCACCGCGGCGCCCCACUCCCCCUGGCUCCAGGCCUUCCUCUGGGUCGAGCUCUUCGUCCAGUUCCCCCUCGCCGUCUACCUCGUCUGGCGCCUGUCGUCGUCCCGCUGGCGCCGCACCUCCGUCUUUGUCGAGCUCGCCGCCCUUGUGUUUUCGUGCCUCACGUUUAUGGGCUCCGUCGCGUGUUGCGCCGAGCUGUGGAGCAUGAGCUUCAUCAAGCUGUCGGCGAAGAAGAAGUCGUCGCUGUUUUGGUUUACAUAUCUCCCGUUCGCAAUCAUUCCUGCCAUCAUCGCCGUGGACAUGUACACACGCAUUCUUCUCCGCUUCCAGCGGCAAGAAGCACACAAGGCAAAGACGUGGUGA